UGAAGAACUAAUGGAGGCACGGUCUUUUUUCGUCCUCCCAUGGUGCAAGUUAUUUCUUCAUCAUUUUCACUUUUCACCAAAUCAUUUCACAAAUUAGCAGUGUCUUGGAUUGUACACGGGAUUUGUUUGCACAGUAAGGAAGUGGAUCCUGCUGGAAGUGGGUGUCAAUCACAAGAAAUCAACACAAAACAGUGGGUGUAGUAGCUGCAACAACAACAACAACAACAACAAAUCUGUAGUCGGAAAAAGAUAUCUCUAAAGAUGAGCACCACAGGUGUUUUACCUUUUGUUCGCGGGAUUGAUUUUACCCACAAUGAUUUCCGAGAUGGAAAGUUCCCCAAAAAUAUCAAGCAUAUGUCCGGCGUUCAGUGGCUCAAGCUGGAUCGGACGGGAAUCAAGGAGAUUCCCGAGGAGAUGGGAAAGCUGCUGAAGCUGGAGCACUUGUCGAUGAAAAACAACCAGUUGGAGAAGUUGUAUGGCGAGCUGACGGAUUUGAACUGCUUACGAUCACUCAAUAUGCGGCGGAAUAACAUCAAAAGUUCCGGUAUUCCGAACGAGCUGUUCGAUUUGGAUGAACUCACCACACUUGACUUGUCGCACAAUAAACUGAAGGAAGUGCCAGAAGGGCUGGAGAAAGCCAAAAGUUUAUUAGUUCUGAAUCUGAGCAAUAAUCAAAUUGAGAGCAUUCCUCCUUCGCUUUUCAUCAACCUUACCGAUCUGCUGUUUCUAGACCUCUCCAAUAAUAAGUUGGAAACGCUCCCGCCCCAAACAAGGCGUCUAUCGAACCUGCAAACACUCAUCCUGAACGAUAAUCCGCUAGAGCUGUUCCAACUACGACAGCUGCCAUCGUUACAGAACCUCGUGUGUCUUCAAAUGCGCAACACUCAGCGAACGCUUACCAAUUUUCCAACAUCGCUGGAUAGCCUUUCCAACCUUCAAGAGCUAGAUCUCUCACAAAACGCGCUAUCAAAAAUUCCCGAUGCCCUCUAUAAUUUGGCAAACUUGAAACGACUCAAUCUGAACGAUAAUGUCAUCCAAGAAAUAUCGCCACUCAUUGAGAACCUCGCCAAACUGGAGACUCUCAACCUUUCCCGGAAUCAACUUGUGCUAUUGCCCUCGACCCUUUGCAAACUGCAGAGUCUCCGACGUCUGUAUGUGAACGACAAUCAGCUCAAUUUCGAAGGUAUACCGUCGAGCAUUGGGAAGCUAGGGGCACUAGAGGUAUUUUCCGCUUCCAACAAUCAACUGGAAAUGGUCCCGGAAGGACUGUGUCGGUGUGGCUCCCUAAAAAAGCUAAAUCUUAGCUCCAACAAACUGAUAACCCUGCCGGAAGCGAUCCAUCUUCUCACCGAUAUGGAGCAAUUGGAUCUGCGAAACAAUCCGGAUCUGGUGAUGCCCCCUAAACCGGUUGAGGUCCAACGCGGGGACGGUCUGGCAUUUUACAACAUAGAUUUCUCACUCCAAACCCAGCUAAGGCUUGCGGGAGCGAAUGUUCCAACCCAGGCUCAGACUGCGAACAGUAGUAAGGAUCCGAUAGCGCGAAAGCUUCGGUUGAGACGUGGCGCAAGAAACGAUUCGGCUGACCAGGACUCGGCUAAGAUACUGAAAGGUAUGCAGGAUAUCGCCAAGGAGAAAAACGCCCUCGGUUGCGACGAGGAAAAGGUCGAGAAUUUGAAACCCAAGCGCUGGGAUGAAACCCUGGAGAAGCCCCCCGUUGAUUAUUCGGAGAUUUUCGAAGAAGAAGACGGACAGUAUGUGGGACUCACAGUUUGGGAAAUCGAGAACUUCCUGCCAAAUAAAAUUGAAGAAGCGGCACACGGGAAGUUCUACGAGGGUGAUUGCUAUAUCGUGCUGAAAACGGUUCACGACGAUGCGGGUCAGUUGAGCUGGGAGAUAUACUUCUGGAUUGGAACGAAAGCGACGUUGGAUAAGCGGGCUUGUGCUGCGAUUCAUGCGGUCAAUUUGCGGAACUACUUGGGAGCAAGGUGUAGGACGAUCCGGGAGGAACAAGCGGACGAGUCGGAUGAGUUCUUGGCACUGUUUGACACCGAAGUUACGUACAUCGAGGGAGGUAGAACCCCAACAGGCUUCUACACCAUCGAAAACUUGGUUUAUAUUGUGAGGCUCUACAGAAUACAUGAUGCUGGGGCCAAUAUUCACUUGGAGCCCGUGGAGGUAACGUCCGAGUCACUCGACCCCGGAUAUGUUUUCCUGCUCGAUACAGGCCUUCAAAUAUUCAUGUGGUACGGGUCGAAAUCUAAAAACACCCUCAAAUCCAAAGCUCGUCUUAUUGCGGAAAAAAUGAACAAAAAUGAGCGCAAAAACAAAGCGGAAAUAUUCCAAGAGUACCAAUCGAGCGAGGGCGUUGAAUUCUGGAAAGCUCUCGGUUUUCCUGAUGGUCAAGGCCCUGGAGAAAAACCUAGCCCCCACGUGGAUCCCGAGUUCAGUCCGAUUCCGCCACGUCUUUACCAGAUUCAGCUCGGAAUGGGCUAUCUGGAAUUACCACAGGUGGAACAUCCUGGCAAGAACCAGCACUACACAAUUUUGAACAGCAAAAACGUCUACAUCCUGGACUGCUAUCUGGAUCUUUUCGUGUGGUUCGGCAAGAAAUCAACCAGGUUGGUGCGUGCAGCCGCCAUCAAACUGUCCCAAGAACUGUUCAACAUGAUUGAACGACCCGAGUACGCUCUCAUCACGCGGGUUCAGGAGGGUACGGAAACGCAGGUGUUCAAGUCCAAGUUCACCGGCUGGGAUGAAAUCAUUGCGGUAGAUUUCACUCGCACCGCACAAUCUGUAGCCCGAACCGGCGCUGAUCUCACCGGAUGGGCGAAAAAGCAAGAAACGAAGGCAGACUUAGCGGCACUCUUUAUGCCUCGACAACCCCCGAUGACACUCAUCGAGGCCCAGCAACUAGCGGAUGACUGGAAUUAUGAUUUGGACGUGAUGGAAUCGUUCGUUCUGGAGGGGAAGAAAUUUGUGCGACUGCCCGAAGAGGAGCUGGGUAUAUUCUACACUGGAGAAUGCUACGUAUUCCUGUGUCGCUACUGUCUUCCGGUGGAUGACGAUGAAGACGAGGAGGAAGGUGACACCGUUGAUAACGCUGCGAACAAAUUAACAAAAACCCCGGCCCCACCGGCAGAGGAAAUACAAUGUGUGGUUUAUUUCUGGCAGGGUAGGGAAGCCGGUAACAUGGGAUGGCUCACGUUCACGUUCACGCUGCAGAAGAAGUUCAAGUCGAUGUUUGGCGAGGAGCUGGAGGUGGUUAGAAUUCACCAGCAGCAGGAGAACCUAAAAUUCAUGUCCCACUUUAAGGGCAAGUUUACAAUCAAAACUGGUCGCAGGAAGGAGAAGCUGAAAACUCCCCAGGGCAAGCAACCGGUGGAGUUUUACCAUCUGCGAUCGAACGGGAGCGCUCUCUGUACGCGACUGAUACAGGUGAAAACGGACGCCACGCUGUUAAAUUCGGCAUUCUGUUACAUUCUAUUUGUACCAUUCGAAACGGAUGACGAUUCCGAGUCGGGAAUCGUGUACGUAUGGAUUGGAUCCAAAACGAGUGCUGAAGAAUCUCGGCUGAUACAGGAGAUCGCCGAGGACACAUUCAAUAGUCCAUGGGUUAGCUUACAGAUACUUCAUGAAGGCGAAGAACCGGAGAAUUUCUUCUGGGUGGCCCUGGGUGGUCGCAAACCAUACGAUACCGAUGCCGACUACAUGAACUACACCCGGCUGUUCCGCUGUUCCAAUGAGAAGGGCUACUUUACAGUGGCCGAAAAGUGCUCAGACUUCUGUCAGGAUGAUCUGGCCGAUGACGACAUUAUGAUUCUGGACAACGGAGAGCAGGUGUUCCUCUGGCUCGGCUCUCGGUGCAGCGAGGUCGAGAUCAAGCUGGCUUAUAAAUCCGCACAGGUUUACAUUCAACACAUGCGCAUAAAACAACCGGAACGACCGAGAAAACUGUUCCUCACGCUGAAAAACAAAGAAUCGAAACGAUUCACCAAGUGCUUCCACGGCUGGAGUGCGCACAAACGACCCCCAGAGUAAAAAAGAACAAUCCCUUGCCCCCCAGUUGCAGUUCCCCCAAGGCAUGUGAAGUUUACAGUAAGCCAAAUUGUACUUAUUUCUUUCGAUUUUAUUCGUUAUGGUUUAUUAGGUUGCAAACACUAUCGUUAAAUCGGUUUCCCAUCCGGAACAAUUCCAUCGUUACAAUUGGCUAAACUAUUGAUAGUGUUAAAUUAAUGUCUUCUUUUAUUUGCAAUUGCUGUAACAAAUCUAUUCAAUACGCGUUACUCGAUGUUGUAAUAUUUACUUUGAAUCGGUCGGUUUUUAGCUUUCGUACUAUACAAACCAUAUUUAUAAAGAUACGAACUCGUAAUUUGUAAAUAAAUUUAAGGAUGGGAUAACGAUGGGCACUAACAUGUAAUUAUUUUUUAACACUUUUUUUUAUUCUAUGUUGAAAUUAUUGAUUUGAAGGUGUCAAUUUUUGAUCCGCUCUCAAUAAGUAAAAUAUAUAUACACUGUAGUACAGAACAAAUAAAUAAAACAUUUAAGCACAAAAGUACGUGAAAGUUUGCUGAUUU